AUGGAUGCGCAGAAUGUUGUCGAGUCCUCAAACACGAAGCAGCCUGCUUCUCCCAGGCGGGGAGACACAGAGUCUGGCCUUCCCACAUCGAGGCCGACCGCCAGUCCCGCCGCGAACAUCGUCAAAUCCCCUAUAACCUCCAAGCCCACAUUGUCUGCUCCCAAGGACCCAAAGCCGCCGGCCACCUCGUCAAACGCGCAGGAAGAUGAUGCCGCACCCGACCAGAAUUCCGAUGCCGAAACGAUUGUCUUGCCUGGGAAGGAUGGAAUUUCUCCGUUGAAACCCAGAAAGGUCAUCAAGCACGAAGAUAGGAGCGAGGGAGAGAUAGAUGAUGUACUGCCUCCGCCGAGAAAACCAUUGAGGGAUAGUAGGGAUGGCGAUCGCAAUGGGGUCCACUCUGCUGAUACCGUUGCUGCGGCUUCCUUGUUGGGAAAGAAAACACGGCCUUUCGAGAAAGAGAAGCAACAGCGAGGAAAAGACGGUUCCAGUGGUCUCAGCUCCGCGCCUGCAUCUCCACCUGGUCAUCGUCGCAACAACCACGAUUCCUCCCAUCCACGCCACAGACCCGAUGACGCCCAUUCGGAAUCAGACUCAGAAUCCUCCAAAUCGCGAUCGCACAAGCUCCCCCAGAAGGACAAGUCCAAACCUGUAGACAGGCACGUUUCCGCUAAACGUAAGCCUCUCAAGACCGAAUCUGACGACGAGGGGGAGUCUCGCAAGGCCCGUCGACCGCGCAUUUCGGACACCACACUCGAUGCAUCAGCUGCGAGAGAAAGGGACCACAGACAACCGCCUCUCCGGCAACCCGAUAGACAAUCCACCUCCCGAAACCGAUCUCUCUCUCCGCAUGGUCGUGCGCACCGACGAAGUCUCUCGACCCAGCUUCCUUCUCAAACCUCCAAUGGGUUGAGCACCAAGAAACGACGUAUCCCCGCGCCUCUCCACACCACCGACUACCAAUCUGAUGAUUCCUCAGCGAGUGGAAGCCCGCACCCACGGAGCUCCAAGUUGAGAAGCAUCGCUACGCCUCUCACAGGCGAUUCGACCAUGUCUCCAGCGAAGCUGCCCGCACACAAGAAACACGUUGACAACCACGGACAAACGUGGCUUGCCAAGGCUUGCGCCAGAGGCGAAUACGAGACUGCGAAGAAACGACUAGCCGAAAGACCCGAAGACCUGAACUUUGCCGAUUAUGCAGGGAACACGCCGCUGCAAGUCGCCGCUUUGCACGGCCACGAAGGCAUCGUUCAGCUUUUGGUCGAUGCAGGGUGCAAUCUGGACUGUCGCAACGGCGACAAGGAGACCCCGUUACUGGAUGCCGUGGAGAAUGGCCAUCUCGGUGUCAUCAAGAUACUGUUGAAAGCAGGCGUCAAUCCUCGCAAAGCGGAUGCCUCUGGCCACGAACCACUGGAGAAGGUCCCAGACGACGUGGAUAACGCUGACGAGAUACGCGCCGCACUCCGGGAAGCGAAAGAAAGGGUAGGCGAAUUGCGGCGAACUUCGGAGGAUCACCAACCCCAGGAUUCACACGAUGCUCUUUCAUCGCAUGGAGCUGAUAGUCCGCGCCGCUCCCCAGCAGCUUCUGCAAGCAGCAUUCUGGCGGCGCAAAGGCGGGGUGGAACUGUACGAUCGACCAAGACAAGUAACCACCUGUUAUACAUGAACCUCGAUGACAAAACCCUCCGGCAGGCCGCGGCGCGUGGUGAUAAUGAAACCGUGACGCGCGUGUUACAGGUCAAGGAGCGCUGUGAUGACCCGGAGGCUCUGGUCAACGCGGCUCGUGGAGGUCACAAACUUGUCGUAGAACUUCUUUUGGCUCUAGGAGGCGCCAAUCCAGACCCGCGCCCAGUCGCAAACCUUCCGGUCGAAUUUGGAACGCCAAUGCUCGCCGCCAUUGGCCAAGAGAACCUCGAUGUUGUCAAACUUCUCGUCAACGCUAACGGCUUUGAUCCAACACGUCGCUAUAAGGGGCAGACCUAUUAUGAGAUUGCUAGACGCCGAGAAGGGCCUAAUUGGAAAGAUGAGGAACAUAUUCUGAAGAUUGCCUACGAUGAGCGCAAGAAGUCGAAGGGUUCUUCAAAGCCGAAGUCUUCUCCUAAUAGGCGUGAGCAGGAUUUGGAACCCGGAUCUAAACGUGCUCAGUCUUCCAAGCGCCGGCCUUUGAGUCCGUCUCGUGAGGCCGACGCCAAAAAACGCCCUGCCACCAAGGUUCCCAACAGCCCUAAGCAAAAGAGGCGUUCGCUCUCCUUUAGUGCCCACGACGAACAAACCUCGCCGAAACGUGGACCAGGUCGACCCAAAAGGGAAGAACGAGCAGCGAAUACUGGCUCCUCUGACCCCGAAGCAUCUCCUGCGGCAUCAAAGCCCCCCGCGAAAUCCAGAAUGCCCGAAUCAGAGGGCGCUGCUGGAUCUUCCGAUGGCGAAGCGGUGAAACCGCGGCGUAAGCUCAUCUCCGGUAAAGAACGGCAGCGGGAGAAGCAGGAGAAGCAGCGCCGCGCAAGCAUGGCAUCGAACAACUCUACUGACCGGGUGGAUACGAAGAACGAUGACGCACCAGAGAAGACUCGGCCUGACCGACUUUCCGAGAAGUAUCACGACCGGACGAAAGCAUUGAAGCGUGACGACUCCAUCGACAAGCCAUCCGGCGGUGACAACUCCAGCAAGAGAAGCCGCUCCAGUGUUAGUCCCUCGCGGCAUGGGUCUGGAGACAAGGAUGACGUUGAGGCGCCUGUUAAGAGAAGGAAGCUCGUUGAUUCCGAUGGGCGGGAAAGACGUCAAUCACAGCUUAAUGUGCCUGAUGACCGACAACGCAAGCGGAAUUCAUCCCGUGAGUCUGCAAAGCGACAGCGUCCUUCCGAAAACGAGCGCAAGGAGCCAGAAAAGGUCAAGAAGAUCAUAAAGUCGCAUAGCUCAGACAAGAACAGUAUCACUGUGGCUUCCGAACCCGACGUAGAAAUGCGCGAUGCACCACCGGCAGUUUCUUCCGAAGACAGUCAGCGGCAAGCUGAACGUGAGCGCCAAGAGGCAAAGAAACGGCAAGCGGAAGCAGAAGCAGCUGCAGCCGCAGCCGCGGUCGAAGAUGCCAAGGGAAAAGAGACCGAACGCCAGCGCCAGGAAGAGGAGAGAAAGAAACAAGAAGCAGAGGCAAAGCGAAAGGAACAGGAGGCCGAACAGAAGCGCCUCGAAGAAGAGGAACGUGCUAGGCUUGAACGAGAAGAGUUGAAGCGCAAGCAAGAGGCGGAAAAGGCUCGGCUCGAGGAGGAACGGAAACUGAGAGAGGAGGAGGAGAAACGGCAACGGGAAGAAGAGAAACGACAGCAGGAAGAGGAAGAACAGAGACGCAAGGAAGAGGAAGAAAGGAAGCAGCGAGAAGAAGAGGAUAGGAUCCGUCGCGAGAAAGAAGCGGCGGAGGAAGUCCGGCGCCUUCGAGAGGAGGAGGAGCGCAGGGAACGGGAGCGCAAACGAGCUGAGCGAGCUGCACGCGAACUCGAGUUGAUGCGAGCCCGUCAGGAAGAGCAAGAAAGACUCCGUCUUUCCAAAUUGCCUCCACUUCUACGCUGGCUCGAUGGUUGUCAAGAUUCGAAACAGAAGGAGGUGGUCGAGCUCUUUGCCAAAGCACAAGGAGUUCGGUACGACACUAUCAGGCCAUCAGCUACCGGUCUUCCGGAUGGUCGCGAGCAGUGGCUCCUUAAUACUCAGGUCGCUCUACUCCUUGGGGAAAAGGAUCUUACGCUGUCGAGAUACACCGCUUGGGAGCACAUCCCCGUUUCGCGCAUCGCUAAGCGCGUCAUCUGGCGACUGGAGCAAGACCGGUAUGCCUUGACCGAGGGUAGACUCUAUCAUUUGGGUGACCAACUUUCGGACUACUAUGGUGGCGAUCCACAUACCGUUGGCUAUAAGAGACUUGAACAACUUCGUGGGUUGGCAGCGGAGCGUUUCUUCGAGACAGACAUGUUCUUUGUCAAGGAGUCGGAUUUCCUCUACAUCGUACCAACGAUUCCUCACCUUCGCAACGUCAAACUCUCGAUCUGCUACCGCGAACUUCCGGAACAUGAAUCGGCUCUCUUAACCUGGAGUGCUCCCGCGAAGUGGAAACAGGAUCCAGGUGCCGAGAGCCGUGGGUCGUUUGCACCAAGAUACAAGCACUACAUCAACGGGCAACUCGUCGGCGAGGAUAAGCCUCAGCCGUAUAAGCCAAGCAGAGAACCAUUCGCGGAGAACCGUGUUCCCAGAAGGGGUGGUCUUAUCGCAGUCUCGCCUGAUGAACCUGACUAUGCCCGUCUGUGUAUCGAGCAGAAUCUCGCCCACCUUCUCACUGAGCAACAGAAACAAUCUGUGCUGAACGGUGCUCAUCUGACGCCAAGAAGUAUGGCUUCGAACGACCAUACAGGCUACGCUGGCGGUGACCUAUCACCAACGAGCAUUUCACCCCGUACCAUACAAGUCAAUGGGGUUAGGAGUGCUCAAGGGUCCCCCGAAAAACUGCUGCCCAACGGCCUGAAUGGCAACCAUUCGGAUGAAAACCAUUAG